AUCCUACUAUAGCUACAGUCUACUGAUGAACUCAGGACUCUGGGAAAACUACGGCCACAUUCAUAGACCCAUUUCAGACUCAAGGUCUCACACUCUUUGGGGGGUUUUCACCCUGAAAAUCCGAAGCCAAAAAUGCCACUUUUCUCGCAUCGUGGCCAUUCCUCAUCCUCCUCUUCUCUCCCAACAAUCAGCUCCAAAACCUUCAAACCUCAAAAACCCAGCUUCUUUCCCUCUCCCUUCUCCGCCCGCCAUGCCUCCCCUUUAAUCCUCUUCUGCUUCUUCUCGCUCUUCGUUGGCAUUGCCGGAACCUUUUUUGCUAUCGUUGCCAUCCUACGCCACCAGCCUCUACCCGUCUACCGCUGCGGCGGAUCCGAAGAUGCUUUCCGUGCAUUUUACUCCUCAUCGACUCACCAUCUUGGAGGAGAUCAAAGUGCCCACGGUUUGGUUGAUCGCCCAAAAGUUCUUGGGUUUGUCGGGAUUCAGACGGGUUUCGAAUCUGUUGAUCGUCGUGCUGCCCUAAGGGAAACUUGGUUCCCUGCCGACCCAGAUGGCCUUUUGAGGUUGGAGCAAGCCACUGGUUUAGCAUUUAGGUUUGUAAUAGGGUAUUCAAGAGAUGCAAAGAAGAUGGCAGAGCUACAGAAAGAGGUGGAGAAAUAUCGAGAUUUCCUGAUUAUAGAUAACGAGGAAGAAUACCUCAAGCUUCCAUACAAGACAUUGACAUUUUUCAAGGCAGCCUAUGAACAUUUUGAAGCAGAUUAUUAUGUGAAAGCCGAUGAUGACAUUUACUUGCGUCCAGAUCGGUUAGCAACUCUUCUUGCAAAAGAAAGAACCCAUUCACGGACCUAUAUAGGUUGCAUGAAGAAAGGACCAGUGAUCACUGACCCCAAGUUGAAAUGGUAUGAGAAAUCAGGACAUCUGAUUGGCAAUGAGUACUUCUUGCAUGCUUAUGGCCCUAUAUAUGUGCUUUCGGCCGAAAUCGUUGCUUCACUGGCAGCUGCUAGAAACAAUAGGUAUGCCAAUCUACAUAAUUUUCUUCUAUUUAUGAAUUCUCUGCUGUUGAAAUAUCUAGUACAUUGGUCGAGUCUGGCUUUCUUUCUUUUGUUUUAGCAUGAUUAUUUACUUUUGUUGGAGUUAUUCAAAAGGAAUUUUACCACAGUAAUAUUGGCCAUCUUGUUGGACAAAAAGCUGAAAUUAGGUAUUUGAGCCCACUAGUAAUGUUCUACUUCUCCAUUGGUGGUAUAUAGUAUGUGAGGCAAUGAUUAGUAAUGCUGCUAGCUAGUGACACUAGUGAUCAUGAAGCUUCAACACUUAGCUAUUGUAACAUGCUCAACUUCCUUAGUUACUACAUUCAUAAGUCACCCAACAUUCUUCUACAUGUGAUGAUUUAAGUCAGACCAUUUCUUCUUACCUCCCUGCUCCUCCUCUGAGGUCUAUUGGUGCUGGUCCAUCUUAGGUCAUCUUCUUAUCACCUUGUUACAUUUAUAGGAAGGUUGAUGGGCCUUGUUGAAGGUAAGGUUUCUAGAAGGUAAUGAUAUCAUGCAUCUUCAUUCGGGGCGCCUGAAUCCUGAUUAACAGUAGUGACUAGGUGUUCAAUUUUAUUCUGAUUUAAAGAAUACCAAGACCUUGCAGUUCAUUAGGACUUUCAGUAUCAAUUGUUCCACAAUGAUGUAUCCCAACUUGCUAGUGGUUCCAUGAUGUCUCUGAAGCACUAAGGGAACAAUCAAAUUCCUUGUUUAGUUUUCUAGACAUUAACUUCUGGUGCUAAGUUUUCUACUCUGCUUACCUUUUUGUUUCAAGAGGAUAUAAGUUAAUUAUGUCACUACAGUGAGUUGUCUAACUAUUCUUAUACUAAUAGUUGGAACAUUUGAGCUACCAGUUUCAGAAUGUUUAGCAAUGAAGAUGUUACUAUUGGGUCGUGGAUGCUUGCAAUGGAUGUGAAACAUGAAGACAACCGAGCAAUAUGCGAUCCUCAAUGUACUUCAAGAUCUAUAGCUGUUUGGGACAUUCCUAAAUGCUCAGGUCUGUGUAAUGCUGCUAGCCGUAUGAGAGAGCUUCACAAAACUGAUAUGUGCUCCAAGAGCCCAACCUUACAAUCAGAUAACAGAUGAAAUGCGUUGGGGCGAAAUAUUGUGAUUCUGCAAUGCUCACCACUGCAAGAGGAGCUGACUUGUGGGCACUACCUUAGUUCUGAGAUGAAGUCGCGUUGACUUAAUAUGUUUUGUCUGCUAAGAACGGGAAGUGAACAGUUCGUUACGACACCUAUAUCAUUCAUUCUCAGAUGUAUAGCUGUAUAAUAUGUUCCUAGUUCCUACAGAAGUUAAACGCCUCAUUCUUUAUAUGUUACUAACAACUGUUCGUUUACCACAACAAGUGGAGGCAGCUGCUGCAUACUCUGCGAUGUAGCUGGGGCUCGACAUCAUCACUGGUUGCUUGGGGUAAACGUUAACUUAGAGCUAUAAGUUUGGGUUUGUUUCGAGAUGAUGAAUAUGGAAAUUUUAAGUAACUACGUGAGGUAGAAAUUGUGUAGUUUUUCGGUGGAAGCGUUAUGGGUGAAAUGCUGUGUGGAUAGUUUUGUGUAGUUUUAUGUUCUCUAAUUGCUACAAGUAGUUUUGAAUAUAUUAUGUGGCUUUAAGCUAGUUUUUUCUCGUGAUCGGUUCAAC